AUGAAGCUCCUCGUAACGUCAUUCUGGUUCUUCUCGUGCAACGUUCUCUACGUUGAAGCAGAAGUGGACGAAUAUGGCCAUUUCCGUGGGCUCGGUCCCGUGAACGGCGAUCCUAACGACGAAUACUAUUACAUGCAGAAGGCUUAUCUUGAGGCCAUCUCUAUACCGGAAGCUUGGAGUAUCCUGGACUCUGCUACCAAGAGAAGACCCGUAACCAUCGCAGUUAUUGACGACGGAAUCGAGGCCACUCACCCUGAUUUGAAGGGUACCGUCAUCAAGGGCUACAACGUCGUUGAUAAGAAUGAUGAUACCAGUCCUCGAGGACCGCAUGGAACCUGCAUGGCUGGCAUCGUUGGUGCUAUCAGGAACAACAAGAUCGGUAUGGCGGGUAUUCUGGACAGUGUGCGCAUACUGCCCAUAUGUACGGGUGAACUUUCGACUAUUUCCACAAUGGUAGAUGCCUUCGCCUACCUGAUCAAUGAGAGGAAAAAUGAUGUGAAAGUUAUUUUCAUGACGGAGGGGAGCUAUUCAAAUGGUUCCCAAGCCGUUACCGACAAGAUUCUGGAAGCAAUUGCAGCUGGCAUGCUCGUUGUCGUCACGGCAGGGAAUGCUCAGCUGGAUCUGGACAUAUCCCCAUUCUUCCCUUGUUCCCUCGGCCGUUCACUCACUGAUGGAAUGUUAUGUGUGGCUGCAACGUAUGGUACCAAAAUGCAGCUUAUGGACGAAAGCAAUUUUGGUUCAGCUGUCGACAUCGCCGCUCCAGGUUCCGAAACAGUUGUAACUAGUCUUGACGGGACGUAUGGCAUUGGUGAGGGCACUUCGGGUGCCGCAGCUAUCGUAGCAGGUAUAGCUGGCAUGCUCUACAGCCUAGAACCCUCUCUGAAGGUUAAGCUGACCCCCGGUUACGUCAGAAGUAUCAUCAUGAACACGACCACCGAAGAUGUCAAGGACAGUAAAGGAGAAAAGACUCUCUCCUUCGGCCGCGUGGAUGCUGCGGCGGCUGUCAAUACGAUACUUGGAAGAAAGAAGGUAUAA